AUGAUUCUUCAUCUUGCAAUCAGUUGCUCCAUUUUUCUAAUAGCAUAUGGCUGCGGACCAAUGCAAGGUUUCUAUGAAAAAGAUCAGAUACAAUUAAUUCAUGAUGCACCACCACAUGAACCUACCUUUGCCUGUCGUAUUUAUCCUUGGAUUUGUCAACAAAAUCAUAGUCAUAUUCCACCUGGAAAAACUCCAUUUGAUGAUAUCGCUGAAAUGUUGAAAAUUCGUCAUAGAAUAAAAUCAAAAACUACAAAAACACCACUAGCGCCACCACCACCAACACCGCCAUCGCCACCAACAACAACAACAAAAGCAACAACAACAACAACAGAAGCAACAACAACAACAGAAGCAACAACAACAACAAAAGCAACAACAACAACAACAGAAGCAACAACAACAACAGAAGCAACAACAACAACAACAGAAGCAACAACUACGACAACUGAAGAACCUACUACUACUGAGUGGUCUAGCACAGUUCCAACUAAAGCUCUGCCUAUUCGAUAUCCUGGACAAGCGCAAACACCGAGAGAAGCGCUGGAUAAUUUGAAAAAGUCAAUACAUCAAGCGUUAACUGAAAUGUUAUUCAAUGUUGGAUUAAAUCCAACGAUAAAUUAUACUACACAAGGUUAUGUGCCAGAUGAUGUGAUCAUUGGGACAGAUAUAUCUGGUGGCCAAGUAUGGCGCCGUAAUGUGGGCUCACAUGUUCUAAAGGAUGAUAUCGUUAUCGCAUUUGUCAAUGGUAGCAAAUAUGAAAAGUAUUUCAAUAAUGUUACUGAAUGUAUUAAAUCACCGUCAUUUUGCAAUGGAAUGAUGCCUUCUCGAAUGAUAGGUGUUCCACACUGUAUUUUAAUUGAGCUUAAUCAUUUCGAUUGA